AUGGAUGAGGGGGGCGCACCCCUGCUCCCGGACAGCCUGGUUUACCAGAUCUUCCUGAGCUUGGGCCCGGCCGACGUGCUGGCCGCCGGGCUGGUGUGCCGCCAGUGGCGGGCCGUGUCCAGGGACGAGUUCCUGUGGAGGGAGCAGUUCUACCGCUACUACCGGGUGGCCCGGGAUGUGCCCCGACACCCAGCGGCCACGUCCUGGUUCGAGGAGUUCCGCCGCCUCUACGACGCGGUGCCGUGCGUGGAGGUGCAGACGCUGCGGGAGCACAGCGACCAGGUCCUGCAUCUCAGCUUCUCGCACUCGGGCGGCCAGUUCGCGUCCUGCUCCAAGGACUGCACGGUGAAGAUCUGGAGCAACGACCUGCGCAUCUCGCUGAUGCACAGCGCGGACAUGCGGCCUUACAACUGGAGCUACACCCAGUUCUCCCAGUUUAACCAGGACGACUCGCUGCUGCUGGCGUCGGGGGUGUUCCUGGGGCCCCACAACUCCUCUUCCGGGGAGAUCGCAGUCAUCAGCCUAGACACCUUCGCCCUGCUAUCCCGGGUUCGCAACAAGCCCUACGACGUGUUCGGCUGCUGGCUCACGGACACCAGCUUGAUCUCGGGGAACCUGCACCGCAUCGGGGACAUCACGUCGUGUUCGGUGCUCUGGCUCAACAACGCCUUCCAGGACGUGGAGUCAGAGAAUGUGAACGUGGUGAAGCGGCUCUUCAAGAUCCAGAACCUCAACGCCAGCACCAUCCGCACCGUCAUGGUGGCCGACUGCAGCCGCUUCGACAGCCCUGACCUACUGCUGGACGCCGGCACCCCCGGCACAGACUCCAGCCGCGUCUUCGACCUGGGCAGCGACAGUGAGGACGAGGAGCGCGACCCGGGCCCGGCCCGCACCAAGGGCCUGCGGCGCCUCCUGGAUGGGCUCCUGGAGGGCCGGGCACAGCCGCUGCUGCCAGAGAGCACGCUGGAGACUAAGGUAGCUGAGCUGCUGGCCCAGGGCCACACCAAGCCCCCCGAGCAGGGCAGGGCCGCCGCCGGGAACAAGCUGCUCAUUUUCACCACCGGCUGCCUCACCUACUCGCCGCACCAGAUCGGCAUCAAGCAGAUCCUGCCGCACCAGAUGACCACAGCCGGGCCUGUUCUGGGCGAGGGCCGGGGCUCCGAUGCCUUCUUUGAUGCGCUGGACCACGUCAUCGACGUGCACGGACACAUCAUCGGCAUGGGCCUGUCCCCCGACAACAGGUACCUGUACGUGAACAGCCGCGCCUGGCCCAGCGGCUCGGUGGUGGCAGACCCCAUGCAGCCGCCGCCCAUCGCCGAGGAGAUCGACCUGCUGGUUUUCGAUCUCAAGACCAUGCGGGAGGUGAAGCGGGCUCUGCGUGCGCACCGCGCCUACACGCCCAACGACGAGUGCUUCUUCAUCUUCCUGGACGUCAGCAGGGACUUCGUGGCCAGUGGGGCCGAGGACCGCCACGGCUACAUCUGGGACCGCCACUACAACAUAUGCCUGGCCAAGCUGCGGCACCAGGAUGUGGUCAACUCGGUGGUCUUCAGCCCCCAGGAGCAAGAGCUGCUGCUGACGGCCAGCGACGACGCCACCAUCAAAGCCUGGCGCUCACCCCGCACUGUGCGUGUCCUCCAGGCCCCGCGCCCGCGCCCACGCCCCUUCUUCUCCUGGUUCGCCAGCCAGAAGCACUGA